GCACUGCUCCGGUCACCGGUGUGACGUUGAGGCAUUGGAAUAGAGUGAGUAGCGUAGCGUAGCGCGAGCAACGGAUGCACGCACCUUGCUUAGCCCCCUUGGGCACAAAUCCAGGGCAGCCGCUCAAUGGUCUUGGUUUCUUCCGAAGGGGGCGUCGCUAGAUUGGCCAGAGGAGGAUGGCGGCAUGGCCAGAACAAAAAAUCAAAAUUUGACAGAAAUCAAACGGCCAGCUGCCGGGCGGGCUUUGGGAUUCCUUUGUUCUCUCAGGCUUCUGGCGUCGUUUCCAUGCCGGCUUCUAUCCUCGGCAGGUCUGGCUUCUCUCUCUUGCAUUUGCUUUUUUGCCUCUGCCUCUGCCUCUGACUCUACUACACCCACUCCCCCCCUCGGGCUAACGGCAGUUGCAUGUAUCACCUUAGACUUCAUGUCCACAGCCCAACCACUCGGUUUGUCAAAGCAUGUCGCAUCCUUGCUCCAUAAGCCUCGAGGUAAACUCAACAAACAAACGAGAAGCAGCAUGUGCGCUAGUGUCGAGUCGAGAAGAGAGGCCAGUGAUUCUUUUUCAAGCUUGUACGAAGAGUAUGGCAAACUAAGCUUGGAAUCGGAGAUUGAGACAAGAAUGACCGUAGGACGAGGACGGCAAAGGCUGCGAAGGCAACAGCGUGAACAGCGGGUGCGUGAAGAUGGAGCGAGGCCGGGUAGAGUGCCAUGGACGCGGACUUUUGUCGAAAGGCACAAAAUAGAAAAGAUGAAGGCGAGGCGCGUGCAGGCCGCAGCAGCGAGGAGCGAAAACGACCGAAAGGCAUACGGCCGCCGUCCGUUUCGCCGCAGGUCCAUCCUCCACUUCCAGCAAUUGACCUGGGACUGCGAGAGUCUUGGACACAACUUGAUCUCGUCGUUAUCCCCAAGUCGGUUCAGCCUAGGACAGAAAGGCGAGUGUGGGUGGACCGCCAUCUCACCGCGUGUCUCAAACUUGCAGCCCGGGACCCCCCUGGCUCAUCGGACCCGAAAUGGCGCGCACGGUGCACGCAACGGUCUUCGGAGGGGUAGCAGUCCACAACGGCUGGAGGAGAGGAUGCACCAGGUCAACCAUGUCGGCGAUGGGUGAAGGCCAGGAAGCUUGGGGGGAUGAUGGUCAAGGCGUUUUCCAACGGAAGGGGAUCGAUGCGUGGAAGACUCAUGGAAGACGGCUAGAAGCCUGCCAAAGGUUGGAUUGGUGGAGGGCGAUGAACGCGGGGAUUUCGCGCCGCGCGCUCCAGACAUGAGCUCUGGCCCCGGUAUGUUUAUCGUGUCUGCCCAGCGUAUCUUAGCUGCGAGAGUUUGUCGAACGAUCCAGCAUCAAAUCCAGGGCGCGUGAAGAGUGGAAGAGUGACUCGAGAUGGAUUCUUGGCCUGGCUGGUAAUUGUCAUGGAGGUUGACUCCAAUCUGGGAGGUUGUUGGAAGGAUGUUGAAGGUGCCUGAGAUCUGGGGUGUGGCAGCAGGAGGUGCCUGACAGCGCU